AUGGACUCUUUCAAAAAAAUUAACACCCAGAAAACAAACACGGAACUAGGUACCAGUUCCGAAGACGAGCUCCUGGCAUCAAGUCAAGAAAACGAGCGAAUCAAAUCCGCCGUAUUAACCAAUGUACGCAGUAGCAGCCGCAUUGCGCCUACUUCAUCCGUAACAGUAAAAUCGGUAGACAAGCGCGCCAGCCAUAGUGUGCCUGCUGAAAAAUCAAAAAAGUCUGAGGCAAAGAUCAGACGUCAAAGGUACCAGAAGGCUAUAUUCAUUCUUGGCAAGAUUGCUAAAAAUGAAUCUGAAGGUACAGAACAGGCAUUUGAUCAUACAGACAAAGUACGAUGCCAGAAGGUGGUAGAUGAGUACAAGGAAUACCAGGCCACCCUAUCACAACCCGCAAAGGCGAUGAAGAGGGAUCGGUCUCAGGAUGAGACGACCCAUACUUCAAAAAGCAAGGUUGCGAAAACAAUGUCUACUAGCAAGCCGUCAACAAACGUGAAAAGGGCACAUAGCGACGCAGCAAAGGAUGAGCUACUGGUGUCGCUCAAUGACGACAUUAUAGACAAUGGAAAAAAGGUGCUGGAGAAAUGGGGUGAGAUUGAGCCCAAGUUGGCUGAAAUGGUGAUGGAACACUUUUUAACAAAUGUAGACGCCCCUACACCAGGAUUCGACUCAUCGGAAGUGGUUCUUGGCUGUAGGGCCUUCAAAUGUUAUGACCAGCUAUCCAAAGUAUUUCUUGGCAACAGCAUUGCUAAUGUAAGUGAUGCAUGGGAAGGUUAA